GCCAGCAUUUCUCACAACACUCCAGAGGGUGGCAGUGUUACGCCGAGCGAACUACAGCAUGAAGAAGUAAAGCUGUAGUAGAACACAUCCUGUUCAAAUUCACAGGCGGGACAACAAGCUCCAGAAAACUUCACCAACAUGGAAUAUGACGAGAGCCUCUUGAUGCAACGUGUCGACGGUGUAAAACUGGCCAAAGAGGCAGAGUACGGGCAACCGAUGACUCUUCAUUGCGCGCAAUGUAACACUGUCCUGGGGGACUCCGUCGGUGUCUGUGGGGAGAUUCAAAGUAUGGACGCUAUCAUGUGUCUAAGAGUAACCAGUGAUGUGGUCAUCAGUGAUGCAAUGGAGUCAGGACGUAAAGGGGAUAUGGUUGACUGCAUCUACAGCUCUCUGAAAUGUCGUGGCUGUCGCUGUGCUGUGGGCAAAGUUAUUCACUCAGCUCCAUUACGUUUGGCCAUGAUUCGCUCCCUCUUUCUCCUCUACAAGGCAAACAUCAGCUGUUACAUCCUCAACACCAGCUCAAUGGUGGAAGCGUCCACACUCACAUUUGAUCUGAAGCCCCUAAGACAAAACAUUAAGGAGGCGAGGCAGCAAUUUGAAGCACAGCUGGAUCAGAUGUCACAUGUUAAGAGCAGACUGGCCGACAGGAGUGUUUCCAGUGAAUUGGUCAAGUAGCACACACAAGCAAUCCAGAUAAUACCUCAUCCUAGGAUUAGGGAUCAUGGUCUCUUCAAUCUGCUGCCUCCUGUAGGCUCGUUUGUGUUGUAUGUUAUUUUUUUCCGUCUCUUUUUCAUUUUUCAUUAAAUGUUUUUUGGUGAUUCAGGCAUUGAUGUUGCUUUAUAUGUCCCUACAGCCAGCAUACUAAAACCCCUGUUUAUCUGUAACUUUAAAUGUAAAAUUUCUCAAGAUUUCCUAAAUUAUUUUUUUAGCUUUGCCAAACUUGAAUGAAUGCUGAUUUCUAUUUUUGGGAAAGAAGGCAGUGUGGCUCCAAGGAUGGCAACACACUAGGUCAAUCAUUUGGUCCAGCAGCCCCUGUUCUCUAGAUGUCUGCUGUAAAUUCCAUUUUGUCAAUAAAGUUAAAAGACAGGAAGAAAAUAGUACAAUAACUCCUCCUAAAACCACAAAUUGUUUUUACGUUUAUUUUUGUUUACAGAUUGAAGAUAUUAUCUGGCUCAUACCUAGCAUAAACACAAAUGUUGAACUAUUCCUGUAAGCUUAAAAUUCUGUCACACCCUCAGAGCCAACUAGAUAUUUUGUGCUGAACCAGUGGUAAGGAUCUAGGAAUAAUGUAUUAAUUCCAUUUUUAUUCAAUAAUAUUUUGUUUUGUGACAUGUUACAGCCUUACAGAGAUGUUGGUGAGGCUGUUGACUUUUGCUCUUAUUGCAAAAAUGAUGAUGUACAUUACAUUAUUCUCUCUGUAACUGCAUUAAAACUGUAAGUAAACAUCAAUACCCAGCCAUCCAAUUGGCACCAUGCUGCAUUUUAUUGCUGAAUUUCUGAUACAGAUUCUUUUUUUUUUUAGUUGAUACAAAACCAGACAAGAGGCUCACACAUAAUAAGCAUGCCCAUUUCCUCCCCCUGGAGUGCAUAGUUUCUACACAGUCCACCUCCUCAGUGGAAAAGUUGAUCAACAAAGUAAUGUCAUUAAUCUUCUUACUUAGGCUUUUGGGUUUUGUUUA